AUGCCUGAAGACCUCAGCGACACUGUCAAUUAUGUUCCACCCUCUUCAUACCGUACCAGUGCCAAGUCAAAGCGCCGUAGCCUCCUGCCACAACUCGGAACACCGAGACCCAUGGCUCGCCCAGUCGCGCUCUCAGAUGCACCUAUGGAUCGUGCAGACAGCAGCCAAUCCAGUAUGAGGGCAACUGAGGCGACAAAACCAGCUACCUCGAUACCCUUGGCUCGAGGGACCUCGGUUUCUGGCUCAAGGCUGGGACGACCUCGACCACGUUCAGUGUACCAGACAGACUCCGCUCCCCCAGAAAAGAGCACCGUUGUCGAGAAAUCAACAACCUCACAAUCAAUGCGGCCGCCAAGCUUGCUGAGCAGGCCUUCUGCGACGCCAUCUCUAGGUCUCGGAAGAACACAGUCAUUGCGCAGGCCAGCUGCUACAACACAGACUGGUCCGCCAGUAGCUCCCGCGAUUCACUCACGCACGCAAUCUACCAGCACCAUGCCGCUCGCCCGAAGCAAUACAACUAGGCCCAGGACCAAUGCGGAAAGGCCCAAAUCAGCGCAUAUCUCUUCUAUUGUUUUACACCAGGCUGGUAGCACAACGACCGCACCAGACUCUGCGGUGACAAGAGCAUCCACGCGUCUUGCAGGUCUCAGUCGUUCAGCGAGUGUGAAGGCAAGACCAGAAGUGUCUAGUAGCGGAGUGCAACCCAGGGCCGCGACAAGACCUGACGAGCCCAUCGUCCCUCAAGCGAAGUCCAAAGAACCGAUGAAGGAAGAAGCCAAAAGGACAGCCCGGCCAGCAUUCAGUACACUGCAGCAGCAUUUCACGCCGAGAAAGACGGGCAAAGCCCCAACAGCAACAUUCCUUCAUCCCGCCCCAGCCGCGACAAGUAACAUCCUGCCACCUGAGCUGGUCAGCCUACAAAUGGACCUUCUUCAGCUACACCUCCUGCAUGAGAACGCCGCGAAGGUAAACAGACACUGGGAGAUGAGCGCAAAGCGUGAGCUACGGAUGAAAUUCGAUGAGGUCGCCAGUAUGUACCAAGUCAUGCUGGAGCACGAGCGCUCUGGUCAAGAGCAGAAGAACCUCGAGGCGCUCCUUGAGUGGACCGGUGACAGAUCAUCUGCCAGCCUCGUUGAGCACAUCCAGAUACUCUCAGGUCCGCUUCACGAGCUUCCGUCCUUGGUUCAGACAGGCGGGCGCUUUCAGCGUCUUGUUGCUGCUUUCGAACAGUGGGUGUCCUGGCUGGAGGAAGUCCGGUCAGCACGAGAGAGUCGAACUGAAGCUGGAUUGGGGUCGAUCGAAGGUCUUGGAGACGCGUGGAAAGCAGAGAACGCAUCACUCGUGCGCAAGUUGACUUCUUUCGCACGCGACCUGAAUGGCCUGUCUCAACCAGCUGCAGGAUCAAGCAUUGCGUCUAUCGUCUUUUCCUGCAAGACCUUACUUCAAGGGCUCUUGGAGGAGCUUGAAGUUAUGCAAACGAUUGAAGCGAGUGUGCUGUUAAAGGAGAAGGAGUGGGUGGAAACACGCCUGCAGGGUAUUGCAGCGGACAUCGGUUCUUUUCUGGUUGACAAAACCCCGGCCUGGCGAACGUGA